AAACGUCACACACACAGCCGGAAGUGAAGUGUAGCGUUCAUUGUGUUGAGGUGGUGUGCUGUCAGUGCUCAUCGCAAAAAUGCCAGAGUUAGCGGUCGAAAAUGUCGUUGUUCACCCGCUUGUGUUGCUCAGCGUGGUCGAUCAUUUUAACAGGAUAGGAAAAGUUGGAAAUCAGAAACGGGUGGUUGGUGUCCUACUGGGGUCAUGGCAGAAAAAAGUUCUUGACGUCUCCAAUAGUUUUGCAGUGCCAUUUGAUGAGGAUGACAAGGAUGACUCAGUAUGGUUCCUGGAUCAUGACUACUUGGAGAACAUGUAUGGCAUGUUCAAGAAAGUUAAUGCCAGAGAAAGAAUAGUUGGAUGGUACCACACGGGACCCAAGUUACAUAAGAAUGACAUUGCUAUCAAUGAGCUCAUCAAGCGGUACUGUACCAACUCGGUGCUAGUCAUUAUCGAUGUGAAGCCUAAAGACCUUGGUCUGCCCACAGAGGCAUACAUUUCUGUGGAAGAAAUCCAUGACGAUGGGACUCCAACAUCCAAGACGUUUGAACACGUCACCAGUGAGAUUGGAGCUGAAGAAGCAGAGGAAGUAGGAGUGGAGCACCUGCUGAGAGACAUCAAGGAUACCACAGUGGGAACGCUGUCACAGCGCAUCACAAACCAAGUCCAUGGCCUAAAAGGACUCAACUCAAAGCUGUUGGACAUUCGCUCGUAUCUAGAGAGGGUGGCUGCAGGCAAACUCCCCAUCAACCACCAGAUCAUCUACCAGCUGCAGGAUGUUUUCAACCUGCUGCCAGAUGUAAACCUACUGGAGUUCACAAAAGCCUUCUACCUGAAGACCAACGACCAGAUGUUAGUGGUCUACCUGGCCUCGCUGAUACGUUCUGUGGUGGCGCUGCACAACCUGAUCAACAACAAGAUUUCCAACCGAGACGCAGAGAAGAAAGAAGGACAGGAAAAGGAGGAAGGCAAGAAAGAGAAGAAAGAUGAAAAAGAGAAAAAAGAUGAGAAGGACAAAGACAAGGAGAAAGAGAAAGCAGAUGGUGCCAAAAAGGAUGAGAAGAAGAAAAAAUGAGUGCUCUUUCUCUAUGGCCUUCUCUCGAAUGACACCAUCUUCAUCUGGAUGAUGCUCUACUUUCCACCCACAGUCACUCUGUAUGUGGGUCUCAGACUAAAAGUAGGACUGUAUGGGGAAUUGUGUCGUUUGAGAUUUGGCCUCAUGGUAACAAAUGACACUCAAAGACUGUUAUUAUCACAGAGAUGAUGACGUUUGCUUUCCGGUGUUCUGAACUGUGAGAGCAUGUUUAUGCUGUUUUCAUAGUUGCCAUGCUCUUGGUGUUAACCAGCACCUAAUUUGUUUUCUUUUUUUUUUGUAAGAUGGAUUUAAAAAUGUUAUUGUUUCUGUAAAACUCAUUAAAUUUGGGUCAUAUUAAAAUCUGUUUUUUGCAGUU